AUGGGUAAUAGUUCUAGCAAAGUAGGUUUCAUUUCAGAGCCUCCCAAGAAGCAUGCUUAUUUUAGCUUUAUGAAAGUGAAAUCCAACAAAAACAAGGAGUUUGGUAAUGAGUUCUGCAAGACUAAAAAACAGCUUCACCUUUGGAGUGAACGCAGUAAUGAGAGAAGCAACAUGUCAGAGACAAGAAACAGACACGGAAACAAAUGUGAAGAAAAGUUUCGGACAAGGUUUGAUCCCCGGAUCACUGCAAGGUAUGACAUCAAGGCUCUGAUUGGUCGGGGGAGCUUCAGCCAUGUGGUGCGUGUUGAGCACAGGUACACACACCAGCCCUUUGCAAUCAAACUCUUGGAGGUCGGGAAGCACAAAGGUCAGGAUACAUGUCAUGUUGAGCUUGGAAUUCUGCGAAGGGUCCACCAUGCUAACAUCAUCCGUCUGGUGGAGGUGUUUGAAACUCCUCACCGUGUUUAUCUUGUCCUUGAGCUGGCCACUGGAGGAGAGCUGCUUGAUCGUGUAGUUUCUCGAGGUUUCUUCACAGAGCGUGAUGCCACCAAAGCUCUAGUCAUGGUGUCCAGAGGACUGAGCUACAUACAUGCACUGGGAGUAAUUCACCGAGACUUGAAACCAGAAAACUUGCUGUACUACCAUCCAGGGCAGGACUCACGCCUAAUCAUAACUGACUUUGGCCUGGCCUGCUGGAGUCGGAAAAGCCAGAUGGUGGAAUGUGAUGUGAGAACACUAUGCGGUACUCCAGAGUACCUGGCUCCUGAGAUGGUGGCUGGUAGGACCUAUGGCUGUGAAGUGGACAUGUGGGCCUUGGGCGUGAUCUCCUACAUUGUUCUGAGUGGUUCCAUGCCCUUCGAGCAGCGCAGCCAGCCUCGUCUGUUCAAGGCCAUUCUUAGAGGCAACUACAGCUUCCAUGGCCAACCAUGGAGCUCAAUCUCUAACCAAGCCAAAGACUUCAUAGAGCGCCUGCUGAGUGUCAAGCCAGAGCAACGAAUGACUGCAGAGCAAGCUCUUAAACACCCCUGGCUGCUGAACAUGGCUGCCUGCUCCUCUAACAAGAACCUUCAUCGGCCGAUAUCACAAAAUCUCCAUCAGAGAGCUUCACGGGCCUCCAAUUAUAGCUCCAGUUCACGCUCAGUCCCUGAGUCACGAUCUGUCGUGAGUUCUCGGUCACAAUCACGUCUGGAUUCUGGACAAUUAGCUAGAAUCAGAUGUCAGCACAGUGUGGCAGUGUAUGCUUAA